GAAUCAGCAGUGAAACCAUCCUCAGGCCGGCUUCCAUUACUGAGGAGGAGCUCCUGGAUUUGAUCAGCAAGCUCAAUAACGAUGCCAAUGUGGACGGUCUGUUAGUGCAGCUUCCCCUACCCGAACAUAUCGAUGAGCGCAAGAUUUGCAACGCUGUGACUCCAGACAAAGACGUUGACGGCUUUCACGUGAUAAACGUGGGGCGUAUGUGCCUCGACCAGUACUCCAUGCUGCCAGCUACCCCGUGGGGGGUGUGGGAGAUCAUCAAGAGAACUGGCAUCCCAACCUUGGGGAAGAAUGUGGUGGUGGCUGGCAGGUCGAAGAACGUGGGCAUGCCCAUUGCCAUGUUGCUGCAUACGGACGGCAGGCACGAGCGCCCUGGAGGCGAUGCCACAGUCACAAUCUCCCACCGCUACACUCCCAAGGAGCAGCUGAAGCAGCACACGAUCCGUGCCGAUAUCGUGGUAGCAGCAGCAGGCAUUCCCAACCUGAUCACAGCCGACAUGAUCAAAGAAGGAGCUGCGGUUAUCGACGUGGGGAUAACCAGAGUGCAGGAUCCCGUCACUGCCAAGUCAAGGCUGGUUGGGGAUGUGGAUUUUGAAGGGGUGAAGAAGAAAGCCAGCUACAUCACACCGGUCCCUGGAGGCGUGGGACCCAUGACAGUGGCCAUGCUGAUGAAGAACACCAUCAUCGCCGCCAAGAAGCUGCUGAAACCCAAAGAGCUGGAAGCAUUAACUGCUUAAUUUUGGACUCUUUUUAGCACUGAAACCGACAUUCCAAACUGACUCCCAAACAGGCCGAUAGAAAAAUGCAAUAUUUUUAUUUAUUGGAAGUGGAAGUUCCUAUGCUGAGGUCAU